AUGCAGCUGCGCUCGGACAGCGACAACGGCAGCAUGCUGCGCGAGCUGGAGUGCCUGCUCGGCGGCGCUGGCGCUGGAGACGCGGCCGUAGACGGGCCGCGGUGCGCGCGCUCCUGGGACCGCCUGCUCUGCUGGCCAGACACCGAGCCCGCCACGCUCGCCACCCAGCCCUGCUUCUCCGAGCUCAACGGCAUCCCCUACGACACCACCCAGAACGCGUCGCGGUGGUGCCACGCGAACGGCACGUGGUCCAGCUACAGCAACUACUCGCUGUGCCGCGACCUCAGCCCGCUGGCGGCCGACGAGCCCGGCGUCGAGGUGACGACGACGCUCUACUUCAGCGGCUACGCCCUCUCGCUGGCAGCGCUCGCCGUCGCCGUCGCCGUCUUCCUGCACUUCAAGGAGCUGAGGUGUUUACGAAAUACCAUCCACACGAACCUCAUGUGCACCUACAUCCUAGCGGAUUUCAUGUGGAUACUCACGACCACGCUACAGAUCGCUGUGCAGACUGAUGCCACAUCAUGCGUCGCGCUCAUCUUGCUGCUCCACUAUUUCCAUCUCACCAACUUCUUCUGGAUGUUCGUGGAAGGCCUCUACCUAUACAUCCUCGUGGUGGAGACCUUCACAGUGAAGAACAUUGAGCUUAGUGCCUACGUGGCCAUCGGAUGGGGCUGCCCUGCUCUCUUCGUAGCGAUGUGGGGUCUCGUGAAGACUUUCGCGCCAAGAGAAAAAGACACUCAGGUGCAGACGACGGAACCACUCAUGCGCCAUUGCCCUUGGAUGAGUCCCGACAGCUACGACUGGCUGUUCCAGGCUCCAGCCAUCGCCGUACUGGCUCUCAACCUCAUCUUCCUAGUCAUGAUCAUGUGGGUGCUGAUAACGAAGCUGCGGUCUGCGAACACGGUGGAGACGCAGCAGUACCGGAAGGCCAGCAAGGCGCUGCUGGUGUUGAUCCCGCUGCUGGGCAUAACCUACAUCCUCAUGAUUGCAGGGCCCACCGAGGGCUUCUCCGCUGAGGUCUACGGCAAUAUCCGCGCCGUGCUCCUGUCUACACAGGGCUUCACGGUGGCGCUGUUCUACUGCUUCCUGAACUCGGAGGUGCAGACGGCGGUGCGGCACCGGCUGGACAGCUGGCGGACGGCUCGCAGCCUCGGCGGCGCGGCCCCCGGCGCCCGCAGGCUCAAGCGGUGCAACAGCCGCGACGGCUCGCCCAGGUCCCGCACCGAGAGCAUACGGUCUGUGUCGCCCGCACUCGUCGCUAGGGGCAAGCACGCUGGCGCGCGCGCGGAGCACCUUCCUUCUACUGGCGCUUUAUUACAUAAAUACUUGCAAGCUGCUGAGUGUUGCUAUGGUCUCUGCUACCACUAUGCGCUCUCCAAUAACGCUGCGGCUGAAGUCUUAAGGGGUGCAUGUUCAGUGCCUGAAGGCCAGAACUAG